AUGUGGCAAGAGGAGACAGAGAAGAGUGAAUAUGUGGCAAGGAGAGAAGAGGAAACAGAGAAGAGUGAAUAUGUAGCAAGAAAAGAAGAGGAGACAAUGAAGAGUGAAUAUGUAGCAAGAAAAGAAGAGGAGACAGGGAAGAAAGAGGGGACAGGGAAUACUGAAUAUGGGGCUAGGAGUGAAGAGGGAAUAGGGAAGAAUGAAUAUGUGGCAAGGAGAGUAGAGGACACAGGGAAGAGUGAAUAUGUGGCAAGGAGGGAAGAGGAGACAGGGAAGAGUGAAUAUGUGGUAUGGAGACAACUGGAGACAGGGAAAAUAAUAUAUGUGGCAAGGAGAGAAGAGGAGACAGGGAGGAGUGAAUAUGUGGCAAGGAAAGAAGAGGAUACAGGGAAGAGUGAAUAUGUGGUGAGAGGAGGAGACAGGGAAGAGUAUGUGGCAAGGAUAGAAGAGGAGACAGGGAAACGUGAAUAUGUGGCAAGGAGAGAGGACGAGACCAAGAGGUCUUUAUUUGUAGCUAGGAGUGAAGAGGGGACAGGGAAGAGUGAAUAUGUAGCAAGGAGAGAAGCGGAGACAGGGAAGAGUGAAUAUGUGGCAAGGAGAAAUGAGGAGACAGGGAAGCGUGAAUAUGUGCCAAGAAGAGAAAAGGAGACAGAAAAUAGUGAAUAUGUGGCUAGGAGUGAAGAGGGGACAGGGAAGAGUGUAUAUGUGGCAAGAAGAGAAGAGGGGACAGGGAAUACUGAAUAUGGGGCUAGGAGUGAAGAGGGGAUAGGGAAGAAUGAAUAUGUGGCUAGGAGAGCAGAGGACACAGGGAAGGGUGAAUAUGUGGCAAGGAGGGAAGAGGAGACAGGGAAGAGUGAAUAUGUGGUAUGGAGGGAAGUGGAGACAGGAAAAAUAAAAUAUGUGGCAAGGGGUGAAGGGGAGACAGGGAGGAGUGAACAUCUGGCAAGGAAAGAAGAGGAGACAGGGAAGAGAAGAGUGAAUAUGUGGCAGAGAGAGGAGGAGACAGGGAAGAGUGAAUAUGUUGCAAGAAGAGAAGAGGAGAAAGGGAAGAGUGAAUAUGUGGUAAGGAGAGAAGAGGAGACAGGGAAGAGUGAGUAUGUUGCAAGAAGAGAAGAGGAGAACGGGAAGAGUGAAUAUGUGGUAAGAAGAGAAGAGGAGACAGGGAAACGUGAAUUUGUGGCAAUGAGAGACGACGAGACGAAGUGGUCUUUAUAUGUGGCUGGGAGUAAAGAGGGGAUAGGAAAGAAUGAAUAUGUAGCAAGGAGAGAAACGGAGACAGGGAAGAGUGAAUAUGUGGCAAGGAGAUAUGAGGAAACAGGGAAGCGUGAAUAUGUGCCAAGAAGAGAAAAGGAGAAAGAGAAAAGUGAAUACGUGGCUAGGAGUGAAGAGGGGACAGGGAAGAGUGAAUAUGUGUUAAGGAGAAAAGGGGAGACAGGCAAAAGUGAAUAUGUGGCAAGAAGAGAAGAGGAGACAGGAAAGAGUGAAUAUGUGGCAAGGAGAGAAGAGGAGACAGGUGAUAGUGAAUAUGUGGCCAGGAGAGAAGAGGAGACAGAGAGGAGUGAAUAUGGGGCAAGGAGAGAAGAGGAGACAUGCAAGAGUAAAUAUGUGGCAAGAAGAGAAGAGGAGACAGUAAAGAGUGAAUAUGUGGCAUGGAGAGUAGAGGAGACAGAUGAGAGUGAUUAUGUGGCCAGGAGAGAAAGAAUAUGA